AUGCAGAUUUCAUCAUUGCCAUACUCCCCGGUUAAGAGAAGCCACGAUGGGUCAGAAACUACGCCCGUUGUAGCAAAGCGAGUGCUAACGAAUAGCUUUAUAUCCCGAUUGCAUAGCGAUAAUAUAUAUGGAGAUGGGGAUGGGAGGACUUUGAGUGAGAUUUUCCUUGAUACCGGUGAAGAUUUAGAAUCGUACUGUGAAAAGACUUCCAUAGAUAAACCACUAUGGACACCAAAGGUACUACAGGAUAUUACACUUGCUGCAGAGUUCUCAAGUCUUAGUUUGCGUACACCCUCAGCGGCUAGUGCUGCAACAAUCUGUUGCGAGAGUAGUAGCGACGAAGACAAUGAGCGCUGGAAGCGAAUGCCCCACGUCAUCUUUCAGAUACCGGAAAUUGUGGAAUUGAUAAUUAGAGCUGUCACUGCAAAUACUCGUAUGCCACAGGAGCGACCGGGCCGAAGAAGAACGGAAUGGGCGAGAAACAUGCCGCCGUAUGUGCGCGGAAACUCUAUGAAGGAUGCAGUGAGGGACCAACCUUAUAUAAUUUCGAUGCCUACGGCCCCACCAGAGGACGCGAUCGAUCCCGUGCCAAUUUUACCUCUAAAGUCCUCCUCCAGCUGGAAUUUGCAUGCUUGUCUUCUUGUAAACCGCCUUUGGCAUAAAGUUGCCUACGCGGUGCUACAAGAACGAGUAUAUUUCGAUAGCCAUGAGCUGUUAUCCAAUUACCUACUAGGUAGCUAUCCUAUGCAGCAGCAUGUACGAAGGAAGGCUGAGCUUAUAGUUCUCCAUAGGCUAAGCGCUCUAAGCCAACCAGAACUCGAUAGGCUUCUCCACGUGACAGUCGGAGAUCGACUACAAUGGCUUGAGCUAUACAUCUGCCCUCGCGCACUGCCCCGCGCAGUGGAUUUACUAAGAGCGCCAGAUUUGCGGCGCUUAGUGAUCCCGGGCAAUAAAGUUGUCAACGAUUACUACCUGGAGCAGGUAUCUGGUAUAUUUCCGAAUUUAGAAACGCUUGACCUAAGAGCUUGCGACCAGGUUAGUGACGCUGGAAUCACUAAACUGGCUGCAAAAUGCGCACUAUUGAAAACAAUUAAUCUAGGACGCCACCGCAAUGGUCACUUGAUUACUAGUGUGUCAGUAGUAGCACUGGCGAGACAUACGCAGUUAGCAACGCUGGGCGUCGCGGGCUGUGAUAUCGAUGAUAAAGGACUGUGGGAAUUAGCUGAUCAUCGUGGACCAUAUAUGACCAGACUUUCCCUUAAUAACUGCAGACUGCUUACCAACCAUUCACUUCCUGCAUUAAUGGAGUUCAAUAGUUUUCCACGCAUUUCUGUUCUAGGUCUCAGAAAUACUGGUAUUACGGAUGUUAGAUCAUUAGUACGAUACAGACGGUGGAAAACAAGCCAAGGCAGUCCAGUCCUGCUGGAAGGCUGCGAACGUUUGACUAUCUUAUUUGAAGAGGAAGAACGUAAAAUCAAGUGCGAGAAUUACGCGAGAGUAAUUCGAGCUUUAACACGAUGGGUAAAUAAGGAAGAGUGA